AUGGCGGAACCAAUAUUGGCUCUCCGCAUCAUUAAGACCAUCAUAGGUAUCCUAGGCAUUUUGGACAACGGUCUAGUCAUCCUAGUCAUAGCCAAAGUCAAGUUUAUGCACUCCUUGACCAAUGCCUUCAUCUGCCACCAAGCUGCCAUCGAUCUGGUCGGUUCCCUCCUGCUGCUCCUAGGCAGCAACAUCCCAGACCCAGACCCCGCAUCCAGCACCGCGGCAGGCGAGGUGCUGUGCCGGCUUUGGACCGGAGAUGCGCUACUAUGGCUUUUCUUCGUCGUCUCCACCUUCAACCUGCUCGGGCUGACGCUGGAGCGGUACUUCGCCAUCGUCUACCCCCUGCGUUACCUGGCGUUCUUCGGUCGCCGGGCGGCUGCCGGUAUCAUGCUGACCGCCUGGGGUGUCGGCAUUGCGCUCAAGUCUUACUCCUUCCUAAUCUACACCGUGGUGGACGGAGCCUGUAGGUUUCAGCGCAUCUCUGUGUCCCACGUCAUGGGGCCUCUCUUGAUCUGCCUCCAGUACUUCCUCCCGGCUGGCGUGAUGUUGUUCUGCUACAGCCACAUCACUGUGUCGCUGAAGCGCAGCGCCCUGAGGUUGGCCCCGGCCCCGGCGCCUAUCAUCAAGCCCCGAGCCAAAGACGACCAGUCACCGGACGAGCCUGCCCAACGCCCCGACAACGCCGCCGUCUACGACCCGCAAGACGCGCUCUACCGUGCCCGUCGCAACACCUUCAAGACCCUGGUUAUCGUCUUCGUCGUCUUCUUGAUAUGCUGGAGCCCCAGCCAGAUCACCUUCUUCAUGUUCAACGUGGGCUGGCUUCAGUUGGAGUUCACCAGUCCAUUAAAUGUCUUCAGUACGUCCAUGGUAGCUGCCAACUGCUGCAUCAACCCCAUCAUCUACAGCUUUAAGUACAACCAGUUUCAGCGCGGUAUCAAACGCUUCUUUCUUGGCGAGAGAGCAGACCAAACCAUCUCCGGCUCCGGAACUUCCAACACCAAGCAACAAACAUCCAAGUAUCAGAACAAUACGAAUUCGACUGUAACCAACUGA